AUGACAAAGACUCUAUUAUGCUGUGAUUAUGAAGAUUUCGACACUGCUCUUGAUCUCAAAUUCAAAAUUCAAGAAGAACUUGGCUUCAAAGUCAUGCUUGACGUUGAAGACUGGGGAACAACAAAACAAGCGGAGAACAAGAAUACUCGUUGCAAGAGAAAUGAUAAUCUUCGAGUUUCCCAAGAGCUUAAAAGGGCCGACGUCCUAUUGGUCUUUCAUUUCCAUGAGUUCAACAUCUCUGCCUGGGUCAUCCUUGAAAAUACUGACGAAAUCCAACAGCAGCAUCAUGACAAGGCCAAGAAACAGGCUGAACGAAAAAGCUAUUUCCCAGAAUGCAUCGACUUUUCGGACUCCUUCGCGGAAGGAAUAACAAUCUUUGAGAGCAUCCUAAGAACUGAUUAUGGUCUAGUUGCAACACAAUAA